AUGCACAGCAGCAAGCGAGGGGAUCGCUGUGCCAGAGUGCAGGAGUCAGGGCUCUGCAUCCGGGCUCAGCGCUGCAAAGUUCCCGUGUUUGGGCAGACGGAGGGGCUGUCCCCGAGGCACGCAGGGCUCGAAAGGUCCAGUCCCGACCCCGGCCCCGGCCCGGUGCCGGGCUCCUCCCGGGGCCCGCGGAGGACACGCGGCGCGGCCGCUCCCGCCGCCUCCGCUGCGGCUUCCCCGGCCCGAGCUCCGCCGCUCGGCAGCGCGGCCGCCGGCCCCGAGCCUCCCGUGCCGCGUUCCCGGGAGCGAACGCCUGGGCAUGGCCGGCCCGGGGCGGGUAAGGGGCGCUCGGGGGCCCUGGCUGGCCCCGGGCCGAGCGCUGACAGCCGCGUCCCGCCCGCAGGGACGGCGCAGGAGGCCCUGCAGGAGCGGUACCGGCUGGGAUCGCUGCUGGGGCGCGGCGGCUUCGGCAGAGUCUUCGCGGCCACGCGGCUCUCGGACGGCACCCCGGUGGGCAUCAAAAGGGUGCCACGGAACCGCGUCCGGCACAGGGGCGAGCUGGUGAGUGAGCGGGACCAGCAGCCGAGGCUGCCUGCCGGGGAUGAGCCGGGGCCCGGCACGAUAGUGCUGCUGGCCAAGGUGUCCACUGGCUUCCCCGGUGUGGUCCAGCUGCUGGAGUGGCUCAGGCUCCCCAACAACGUCGUCAUGGAGCGGCCAGAGCAGUGUCAGGACCUGCAGCGUUUCAUUCGGGCAUGGCGGUUCCUGCCCGAGGAGGAGGCGCGGGAGCUGUUCCGCCAGGUGCUGGAGGCCGGCUGGGCCAUGUCCCCGGCCCGCCCCCGGCCCCGGGCGGGGCUGCCCCGUGCCCGGCCCCGGCCGUCCCGCCGCGGUGUCGCCUCCGCCCGGCUCUGGCCGUACUGGCGGUGGCGCUGCUGGGCGGGCAUCAGUGCCUGGUGCGGGGGCGGCAUCGCCGCCCUUCGGCUCCGCCUGGCCCCAGCCCGGCCCCGGACCCGACGCAGGGUCCAGUCCCGACCCCGGCUUCUCCCGGGGCCCGCGGAGCACACCCGCGGCGCGGCCGCUCCCGCCGCUUCCGCUGCGGCUUCCCCGGCCCGAGCUCCGGCGCUCGGCAGCGCGGCCUCCGGCCCCGAGCCGCCGGGGCCCGGGGCGGGUGGGGAUGCCGGGCCCAGGGCGCGUGAGGGGCACUCGGGGGCCGUUGCUGGCCCCGGGCCGAGCGCUGACCGCCGCGUCCCGCCCGCAGGGACGGCGCAGGAGGCCCUGCAGGAGCGGUACCGGCUGGGAUCGCUGCUGGGGCGCGGCGGCUUCGGCAGAGUCUUCGCAGCCACGCGGCUCUCGGACGGCGCCCCGGUGGCCAUCAAACGCGUGCCGAGGGAUCGCAUCCGGCACUGGGGCGAGCUGCCCGACGGCACCAGCGCACCCCUGGAGAUCGUGCUGCUGGCCAAGGUGUCCUGUGGCUGUGGCGGUGUCAUUCAGCUGCUGGAGUGGCUUGAGCUCCCCGACAGCUUCCUGCUGGUGCUGGAGCGUCCGGAGCGGUGCCAGGAGCUCUCGGGUUUUCUGGCGGAGCGGGGGUUCCUGCCGGAGGAGGAGGCGCGGGGGCUGUUCCGCCAGGUGCUGGAGGCCGUGCGGCACUGCACCAGCUGCGGGGUCCUGCACCGGGACAUUAAGCCCGAGAAUGUCCUGCUCGACCUGGCCAGCGGGCAGCUGAAACUGAUUGACUUUGGCUGUGGCGCCUUCCUCCAAGACACAGCCUACACCCAAUUUGCAGGAACCCUGUCCUACAGCCCACCAGAGUGGAUCCAGCACCAACGCUACCACGGCGAGGCAGCCACGAUCUGGUCCCUGGGCCUCCUGCUGUGCCACCUGGUCAUGGGGAAGCACCCAUUCAGGAGGGGCCAGGAGAUCAUCCGGGGGCGAAUCUUGUUCCCACGAUGGCUCUCUCAAGUGUGCCAAGAUGUUAUUAAGAGGUGUUUGUCCAUGCAACCCUCGGACAGGCCAUCCUUAGAAGAACUUUUCUGUCAUCCUUGGGUGAAGGGUGUUUCCCUGCCCUAG